AUGGAUAUGCUGCUGAGGGAAACGGUACGUGUACAAAAGUGGGAUUACAAGGUGCUUUUUAGUGUUAUGACGAUGUUACGAGCUGGUGCUAAGAUUUGGAAUGAGAUUUUCCACAUGGUGGCUUGUACAGACGUAUGCCGACAGGGAUGUCAAUGUAUACCGGGGUUUCUGCGAAAUUCUGACGGGAAGUGUGUAGAAAAUUGCAAUGGAGAUUCAGAUUGUCCACCUAAUCAACAGUAUGUCACUUGUGGAGGUUGCGAACCAACAUGUGAUGUCCCAAAACCGGAAGCAUGUUUGGCUGUUUGUAUUGUCGGCUGCCAGUGUUUGCCUGGAUUCCUACGUGACUCAGAUGGAAACUGCGUGUCUACCUGUCCAGGAAAACCGUGUGGUGAGAAUGAGGAACUAAAAAAACAGGCUUCCACAUGUGAACCAACCUGCGCGGAUAGAAAUCCGAUUUGCAACAAAAUGGCGGUGUUGAAUGUAUGCCGCUGUAAAGAUGGUUAUAUUCGUGAUGUUACUGGUGGACGUUGCAUUCCUGUCGAGAAAUGUCCUACAGGGUGUCAAGUGGACACAUGCCUGACGAUUAAGUGCCCACCGGGUACGAAAUGUGAACAGAACACAAUAUUCUGCAUUCGAGCGCCGUGUCCUCAGCCACCUCCACAAUGUGUCCCGAUAACCACUGUUCAGCCAACUACAGUGAUACCACCUACUUCUUGUGAAAAGAUAAAGUGCAAACCAGGCGAGUUCUGCUCCGUUCUUUUCCCUCUCUGUCAGCCUGAUGGACCAUGUCCUCCACCAAUCGCUAGAUGCUAUCCCAGAGGAGGACCUGAACCUGUAUGA